GCAGCGGCGGGUGCCGGCUCCGCGUUCCUUCGUGCCCCGUGAGGGGCCCGGGCGGGACGGGCGCGGCCCCGCCGGGCUGCGGCCUAGCGCGUGCCUGAGUGGAUUCCCCAUUACCCGUGGGAAGCUGCCCCUGCCGCCUCUGGAAAGCCCGGGUUGGCGGUGACAGCGCGGAAACUGUGCCGCUGUCACCUCCGUGUGCCCUCACGUUAAGGUCCCUGACCACGGCUGCUCCCACGCGAGGCGCCUGUGAACGUUGUGCAAAGGUGGCCGUGGGCCGACAGGGCGCGUUGAAGGUUGGGGGUUUGGCAUUCCCACAGCACGCUGGCUCAGUUCUUGGCUAUCAUGAAAAAAGCCCCAUUAAGCUAGGUUCCCCGGGAUCUUGCCAAGUACAGAGACCCUGGACUGGUAGUCUCUGGAGACGUAGCUGAGAAGUAGAGACACCAUCACUACCACCACAUUAUGUUUCGACAUGAUGGCUUUUUCAAGAGCUGAGGCUAUCCUAAGUUCUGCACAUGUUCUCGGAAGCUUCCGUAAUUACUGACCGUGAUGGCACACUGCCCUGAAAAUGAAUACUUUGAUAAUCUGGUGCUCUCUUGUAAGCCUUGUCAUCUUCGAUGUUCUGGUACACCACCACCUUCAUGUGAAAACUACUGUGAUAAGAGUACUGAUUCAGGUGGAGUUCUUUGGAUUUGUUUGGGCUUCGGAGUAAUUUUAAUGCUCACUUUAUUCACGUUAAUGGUCUUGUUUAAGUGGAAGCACCUAAAGCAACUAAAAGAAAAACUGAAAAACACAGGUGCUUCUGUGGAGCUGAAUGAUGUUCUCAAGGCUAAUACAGAAAGCAGUGUGCAGACAGAUGGAAUUAGACACUCACUUCAAAGUGAAACAUUAAUGUAUUCAGUGGAGGAAUGCACUUGUAGUGACUGUGGCUUGGUAAAACCUCAGACUGGCUGUGAAACUUCAUUUCCAUUACCAGCUACAGAAGAAGGAGCUACUGUUCUAGUUACAACAAAAUCCUUUGAUUACUGCAACUAUAUUCUGGGUGCUGGAUGUCUAUGAGAGAAGUAGCUAUUUUUUACUGCAUAAUAAUAAUUCAGUUAUUUCAGUAUAGCUAUUAAUCUUCAUACUUAUAGUGGGAAAGGCUAGUACAUCUUCCUUUUAGACCCUGAAUCAAACUUUUAUUGAUAUUGUCAUAUUAUUUUUAAUUCUUUGUUCAAAUUUUUUUUUACAUUAUUCUCAAAUACCAAACUAGUGACUGGAAUUUUAAAAUUCUGAAAGUCCCUAUGUAGAAUGGCUCUUUCAGUACUUUGAGAUUUUAUCUACUUACACCAGAUAUAUGCAGACUCAUCAAUAAACAAUCUUGCAAUUAUA